ACCUUUAUUUUGGCAACAGCACAUGGCAUAGCGAGCUCACCCCAGUGAUACACUGCACGCGCAGCCACAGGUGGCGUUCGUGCGUGCCACCUUAACAUCUGAAGCAACAGAGACAAGGGACUACUAGCGCUUCAUCACAGCAGCAGUGCUCCUGUAUUUACGGGGAAAUAUCCUAAAGCUGCUCUGUGGUUCGUUUUGUCCGCAUUUUGGAGGCGGUGUUGAUUCAGGCUGAGGUGAACUGGGACCUGUUGUUUCCUUGGUGUGUGUUCAGGGUUUUGUCGAGGACCGCAAAAAGAUUUAACAGGUGGAGAAGGCGCCUGAAAUCACACUACACUCACCUUGGAUUUUGACAAGUGACUGCGCUGACCGGAUCACUCAAUGGCGCUGACAGUGAACCUGAUCGGUCCUUCUCCAUGGGGCUUCAGAAUAUUUGGAGGAAGGGACUUUAAGAAGGCCAUAACUGUAUCAAAGGUCAAUGGGGGCAGCAAGGCAGAACACGCAGCCCUACAACCUGGUGACAUUAUCUUGGAGAUCAAUGGGGAAAACACGACAGACAUGCUGAACGUGGAGGCUCAGAACAAGAUCAAGAACUCCAAGACCCAUCUGCAGCUCGUGGUGGAGAGACCUGAACCUUCCAGCCGUGGACAGACCAACGGCAUCAGCACCCCUGAACAGCUCACCGGACGCUUCCAGGAGGCAGUAAUAGUGAGUCGAGAUGAGAACCAGAACUACAGAGAGUAUACCAUCUCCAGCCCUGCAUCCCUGUCCCCUGGACCUUAUUCUCCAGAUCCUCCUGCCAGCCCUGACGGGAAGAGGGAGAGGCUGACUCCCACCAUCAACAAGAGUGUCCAGCUGCGCUCGUGGUCUCCAGAGGACAAGAGUAACAGGCUGUCCAGACCACUGUCACAGGAGUUCUCCCCUUCAGACUACAGAAAUAACUCUGUGUCCAGCAGAACCCCUACCCCACCAGGACGCUACUCGCCCCAGAGUCCCAUCGAUCGGGAUGUGCCCAUGUCUCCCCGACGCAGCAGUUCGAGCUCUGACUUUGCCAUGCAAAGGUUCGACAGGGACUCAGAGGUGUACAAGAUGAUCCAGGAAAAUAAGGAGUCCCGCACGGCACCUCGUCAGUCCAACACCUUUAAAAUGCUCCAAGAGGUCCUGGAGGCUGAUGAGAAAGAGGCAGCACUGCGGUUUCCAGGGAAACUCUCGCCCAGUGUCCCUAAACCAACCACAUCAGUGGGAGGAGUCAGCAAACAUCACACCUGUGAGAAGUGUGGCACCAGCAUUGUCACACAGGCCGUGCGCAUCACGGACGACCGCUUCCGCCACCCAGAGUGCUACACAUGCACAGAUUGCGGUCUUAACCUCAGGAUGAGAGGUCACUUUUGGGUUGGAGAUGUGAUGUACUGUGAGAAGCACGCCAAACAGAGGUACCAAGGCCCAGGUAGUUCCCCCCAAGCCACCGUGUCCCCACGCCAAUGAGUCUGCCACUCCAUAUCUGUUUCUGCUCGGGAUAUAGAGGGCUGCUUGUCUGCCUCAAGAUCCACCUCAUCUGACUCAGUUACAGACCUUGGGAUGGGGCAUGGAGGUGGACACUGGUCACUGAUAUGGCAGAGGAUGUCCUUUUCUGAUCACAUUUAACUAUACUUUGCAAUAUUAUGAUUCACUUUCUUGCCUUUCUUGUAAUUGUAUCAGAAUAGGGGCUUUGUUUUUCACAAGGCCCCGCCUCCACAGUCUCUUUAGGUUAAUCUUAGCUCUAAUGAUGCACAGCUGCCAUGGACUCAAGCCACAUUACGUUGUACUAAAGCCAGAUUUACAUAACAACAAUGCUUUAGACAAACUCAGCAGGACUGGCUCUCUGACUCUGAGGAUCUGGAUAAUCAUUUGAAUCUCCUGCUGACACAAAGGGACCAAAAUCUCACCUACACUUCAUGCCAUUUAAAAAAAAAAAAGAAAAAAAAAAAAGUACUGUACACAGACACUGCUCUGUGUAGGUGUGUGUGGGUGUGUAUAGGUGCAUGCUUUCACAUGCAGAAGUGUGUUGGCUUCUGCAUGCCUUCCCUGCAUCUGUGCGUGACUGUGUGUGUGCAUGAGUGAAGAGAGAGUGAGAGAAGGGAAGGGGGGUCCAGGUUAUUAAAGACACAAAGGAGUUUGUGAAAUUUACGCUACAGUUUGGCCAAAAACCCUUGAGCUUUUCCGUAUUUCUUUUGUAAGCAGAGUUAAUGAGUAAAAAUAAUGGAAAAAAACAUAUUUGCUGAUGUUUGGCUGUUUUGAUGCUUAUGAGGGACUAUAGAUUCAUUCAAUAUACAAUAUUUUUGAUGUUUUUGUGAUGAACUGUAUUCUAUAAUAUAAACCAUUUAAAAUGCAUAAUGUAUGCACAGGACAUUUGGUGUGAAAAGAAUUGAUGAUGAUGAUGAUGAUGAUACUACACUUGUCCAAUUACAGCAGUACUCAGAGACACACUAUAAUGUCUUCAUUUCAUGUGGCACUUAAAAAUAAAAUCGCACAACCUGA